AUGCAGUCUAUGCCACAGCUGCUCGGACAAACGCUACGCUCAAGCCUCCAACUCAGCCGUACAGCCCCGGUACGAGCUCGAUUUCGCCACGUCCCGACCGCAUUCUCCGUCAGGCCGACUCCGCGGAGCUUCUCUGUCUGCGUACAAUGCCAGUUCCGACGGCAGCCCGAGAGAUUUGCGGACUUCAAUGAUCGAGAGAGAGCUUCGGCUGAUACCGAGAGGUUCAUCAGGGAGAAGGAGAAGGAACUGGCAGAUUUAGAGCUCGCCUCGCGCGACCCGGCACCAAUUCCGGGCGUGGAGGCGGGCAGCUCUUUCGAGAUUCCGCCUACCCCAGAACCGCCUAAAAGCACACAAUCACAACAGGAGGAGGUGAAAUCAGCCCCCGAGGAGGAAUCUACGCGGAAUAGUGGAGGAUUGCCCUCAUACCUGGAAAGCCGUCGGUCAAAAUGGUCCAAGCAAUUCGAUACAGCUAUGGACAAUUUGCAGUCCAAUGUCUUCGUGGCAGGGCAGCGGUUGAAUGAUCUCACUGGAUACUCCAGCAUUGAAGCGCUGAAGAAUGAUAUUCAGUUCCAUGAGGAACGACUCCGCACCGCUCGAUCACACGUCAAAAAGGCGAAAGAAGAGUAUACCGCCGCAAUUAACCGCCGCUCUAUGUCCCAGCGCGAAGUAAAUGAGCUUCUCCAACGCAAGCAUGCCUGGUCCUCAACCGACCUGGAGCGCUUCACCUUACUUUACCGCAACGAUCAUACAAACGAAGUCGCUGAAACAGAGACCGCACAGGCCCUGUCGGCCUCAGAACGUGAAGCCGAAGAGGCGGCCGCACAGCUGAGCAAGAGCAUUUUAUCACGAUACCACGAAGAGCAGGUCUGGUCUGACAAGAUCCGUCGUAUGUCUACGUGGGGAACUUGGGGCUUGAUGGGUGUCAACGUUUUACUGUUCCUUGUGUUCCAGAUUCUCGUCGAGCCAUGGCGGAGGAAGAGACUCGUCAAGGGAUUCGAAGACAAGGUUGUCGAAGCCCUGGAGAAAGAGAAGGUCCUUAACCGGGCUGUCUUUGCUGAGAACGCUGUCUCCAUUUCUGCUCUUCCCACUACUCUGCCGGAGGUGAUUGAUUCUACCGAGGAGAACACCCCUUCUUUACUCGUUGAGCCGAGGCAAAUCUCGGAGAAGGAUGAUGCCGCUACUGGGGCCGUCAUCACACCGACCGACGCUCUUGCUUCCCAAUCUUUGCAGACUCGUCUAGCAAACAUCACCUCUUCGAUUUCUUCGCUUGAGUAUUGGACUCAAGUGUUCCAUGAAUUCUUCAGCGAUCGCAGCGUCACAGCAUCUCAGCGUGAUCUUACCACUGUGGCUAUUCAGAGUGCAGCGGCUGGUGCAGUCAUGACCAGUCUCCUGUUCGCUCUGCUUGGACGGUAA